AAAAUAGGUAUGUCAAUUCCUCUCCAAAUUAAAAGAAAAAAAGAAAAGCCCUAAAAUGAACAGGACAGCCUAAUCGGGAAAUGACUGAGAUUCCCUUUCCUUGAGUGAAGUUGCUUAAAUUAGCAGCCAAAAAAAGGUUUUAAGCAGCCAAAAAAAGGAAUCGACCACACCUCAAUUUCCGUACAGAUUUUCCGCUUUCUCCCAUCCUCUUUCCUUUCUUCCCUACACCAUUUCCAAAUUCCUUUGGUUGUAUGUAACUAGCAAAUAAACUAUCUUAAUCUUCACAGUUCUCCCUUGCGUCAGCACAUGUGUUCAGCUCUAUCCAUUAGCAGACUCUUUACAUAUCCACUGCCCGACUGUUAAUUUUUUUAGGGAAAAGAAUAUUGUCGAAUUUCAUCCAAUAAUCCAAACCGGUCGUGAAUUUAGCUUUUAGAAGUUGGGCCGUCGACAAAAUUUGAACUUGAUGGCUGCGAGUGCGAAUCCAUCUGCUGCUGCUGGUGGUGGUGGUCAGAAUAAUGGUAAUAGCAACAGCAAUCACAGCAAUAAUAACGGCCAAAGAGCAAAUGGCGCCACCAAUAACGGUCUCUCCGUUCCUGAAAAUUCCGUUUUGGGGCCUAACCAGGCGGGGCUCAUGCACGACCCCGGUGUUAAUACCGACUGGACAUCCGAAGAACAGUCCCUUUUGGAAGAUUUGCUCAACAAAUAUUCAUCAGAUGGAAUUAUUGUUCGAUAUGCUAAAAUUGCUGGGCAGUUAAAUGAUAAAACAGUUCGUGAUGUAGCAUUGCGUUGCAGAUGGAUGAAUAAGAAGGAAAACGGCAAGCGACGGAAGGAUGACCAUAAUUCAGCAAGGAAAAGUAAAGACAAAAAGGAAAAAGUUACAGAUUCUCUUCCAAAGUCUCAUGCGGGUAACCGUACAAAUGGCCCACCCUAUGCUCAGUCAGUGAUGUCCAUGGACAGUGAUGAUGGCAUCUCUUAUAAAGCAAUAGGUGGUGCAACUGGACAGCUUCUUGAGCAAAAUGCUCAAGCCUUGGACCAAAUUUCUGCAAAUUUUGCUGCUUUCAAGAUACAAGAGAAUAUAAAUCUCUUUUGCCAAGCUCGAAACAAUAUCCUUAGCAUCAUGAACGAACGGUUUCUUUAUCUAAAUACCGUUUCAAUGGACCAUGGUUCAAACUGCAUAGGGACUUUUCAGUAGUUAAGAUCUGGAUGAUUAUUCCCCAGGGAAGGGCGUUUACAAAUGCUUGAAUGACCUGCCAGAGAUAAUGAAGCAGAUGCCGCCGCUUCCUGUGAAGCUGAACGAAGAUCUUGCCAACAACAUUCUUCCUCGGGCGUCCUUGCCUAAGAAAUCUUGAGAUGCUGGCUGGCUCUCCUCAUGUGGGCUGCUCACUCAUGAUGCUUUUGACUGUGUCCCUGGAAUUGGGACCAUUGUGAUUAACAGAUAGCUAAAUAAACAGGCUAAUUAUGUCUAGUUGUUCUGCUACAUAAAGUUUAGAUUUAUCUUGUGCUGUUGUUUAUUUUUCAUUUUUUUUAGGAGUAAUUUGUCGAUUGUGUAUACGGUUGGUUGGCUCAUAGUCGCGUAAGAAGGAUUUUUUUUUUUUUUUUCCUUUUUUGGUCAAAAACGUGAGAAGGAUUUUUCACCCUGUAAAUCUUUUUUCCUGUGAAAAGCGGUGAAUGCAGGAUUUGUGGUUUAUAAUAAGUAGGGAAUCGUAAACUCC